ACUUUUAAUUUUAAAUGACUCCUAUGAACUGAAUACAAAUUUAUAGCACAAUUCGUAAUGAAAAGUCCACAUAUCUUUAACUUUACAAAUCAUAUAUAAAGAUAAAGGUAAGAAAAAGACUUUAACAUUUUUUUUGCUGAAAUGUCUUUUAUGAAAUGCUGUAAAAACACUUUACUGCUGAAAAGUAUGUAAUAACUACAGAAUAUCUGCUAACAUUAUAUAUAGCUAUAUAUAUUUACUUUUUAAAACUUAAAGUCAUGUUAUAUUUUCUCCAGAGAAAUCAACUAUGUUAACAAAAAAAGAAAACAUGGUUUAUUGGGAAAGUGGUUUAUGAGCUUCUCCAAUUGAGGUAAACUAUUUCCAGUAAUCUAAUGGGAAUCUUUUUUUCCGAAAGCUAAAUGGCAAACGAUUCACAUGCUGAAUCUAACCUGUGCCAAACGUCCACUACAAAUGUAGUUCUGCCCAUUAUCUACACCAUUUUGUCUAUCACCGGCCUGCCAGGGAAUGCUAUUUCUGUCUGGGUGUUCAUACGUAAAAUUGCCAUCAAAACGUCCACUCACAUCUACCUGAUAAAUCUAGGGAUCUCAAACUUGUUGCUCUGCCUCACCAUGCCAUUCCAGGCGACAUACUACUCACUUGGGACCAAAUGGCACAAACACGACGCCAUGUGCCAAACAGCAAUAAAUGGUCUAACUCCAGUGAUCCACAUCAACAUCUGCAUUGGGGUGAUGAUAUUGAGCUGGGUGGCGCUCAGUCGCUUCGCCUCUCUGAUUCAACACUCCCAUGCUGAUCGUCCAAGCCGGUGGCUUAAAGUUCUACCAGGUGCCUUCCUCUGUCGAAAAAAACAUGCGAAACUGGCCUAUGCGAUGUGCACGGCCACUUGGGUCAUCGUAGCCAUAUCGGUCACAUCCUUUGUGGUGCUGUACUCAAUCAGGGAGGCUAAGAACGUGGAUGGCAGCAACAGGGAUGAAGUGUGUUACAGCGUAGGAGUGGAGGUUGGCGGGGAAGGAUCUCAAGUCUUUGCGUUAGUGGCAGUUUCACUUUUCUUUGUCUUCUUCCUGUUGGUCUUAUGCGCUUACAUGGCAGUGAUCAGGCACAUCUGGAGGUCAAGGAGAAGAGCGGUCAUCUCAGACAGCCAGCGAGUCUACGCAAGAGUGUUUCGGAAUAUUGUUGUCAUUAUGGUGGUGCUGGUGGUCUGCCUCCUGCCGCACCACAUCUACAAAGCCAUCUUCGUUCAUAUCGUCAAUGAACAGUCUUUGCCCGCAUCACCUCCCAGAGACGCUUGCCAUCCACUGUCCGUGUACGUGGAGGUGAAGAGCAUCCUGCUCUGCUUAGCAACUCUGCGAUGUAGCACAGACCCCAUCAUGUACUUCCUGCUGGACAAGACGUUCCGUAAGCAUACUCUUAGCCUGUUGAGAUUACGUGCUAGCAAAAAUGACAGUCAAUCAUCAAAGUCUAACAUGGGACAGAUAUCUCAGGCAAGUGCGUGUCUUUAAACAUUGCUUGAGAGGAAACUGUACACGGAAACAAAAGGAGUCUCAUUUUGAACGAUGUUCCCUUACAGGAAAAUGUUGUGUGGACGCACACAAGCAUAGAAAAGUAAGAAACUUCCUGAACUAGAUCUAAAUAAAAGGGCAUCUCUUUAUAUUGGAUAACUUCCGCAUGUCCAUUGUUCUUUAGUAUGGAUGUUAUGCUGUGAGAACUUUUGUGAAAUGACAGCGCUAAGAAGUGCUUUAUAAAAGAGGAUAUGAGGAGAGGCGCACAGUAGAACCCAAUGCAAACAAGUAUUUUGCAAGUUGCAAUUUCCUUUAAAAUAACAAAGUGUUUUGAAAAUCUGCUACAAGUCAGACUGAUGCUUCCAUUCUCAUGCCACAUUAAAUCGCAAAAGUACUUUGUGUAGCUUUAAA